AUGUUCGCAGAAGGGGCUAGAAAUUAUAAGGUAGGGUGCACUGGGGGCAGACCAUCAGGGGACGGGAUGGUUAAAGAGGAUUUAAUGGUAGAAGAGGAAGAGAGGACGGAACAAGGGAAAAGACAGGGGACCACCAAGGAUAUCUCGAACAAGGAGCAGACGAAGAGAAACCAGAAGGAGGAACAAGUAGGAUGCAGUAGGAUAGGAUCCCACAUCAAGACACCAGGCAGGAAGAUCAGGAGAAGAACGGGCAAGGGGGACAGACAAAAUGGGGGCAAUGGGAUAUGA